AUGGCGACGACGGCGAAGAAUAUGAAGGGUUUCUACAAGCAGACGAAAAGCAAUAUCACCGGAGGAAUCUCCAAGUCCAAAUCUUCUUCUUCCCGGAAAGUCUCUCCCAAUCCCAAACACGCGGUGACUCUAGCUUCUGAUGCUACGCAGCCCAAGGCGUUAAUUACUCACGACGGUUCCCUCGAUGUCAAUGAAGAUUAUGACAAGAACGAAGAGAUGCUCAGACAAUUUGACAUGGACAUGGCUUACGGUCCGUGUAUGGGAAUGACAAGGCUUGGUCGAUGGGAGCGUGCAAUGCGUCUAGGGAUGAAUCCUCCCAAUGAAAUUGAGAAGCUUUUGAAAACUGAGAAAGUCAAGCAAGAUUGUCUCUGGCAAGGUCGUGUCUAG